AUGUUUUCAUAAUUAAUUUUAUCAACACUAUUAGGUUUAACUUAUUCAAAUUGGACAAGAACUCCUUAAAUAAAAAUUAAAAAAUUUAAUGAAACUGAUUCAUCUGUAUCUAUAAACACUGAUAAUUUUUAUCAUUUAAAAUAUCCUAAUGCAUAUGAUGUUAAUUUAUAUUACAAAUAAGGCAUAAGUAAUUCAAAAAAUUUGAGUGAUUAUGAAAAGAUAAAUAAUAGUUAAUUUUAUGGAAAUGGAUGCUCUUAUUUCUAAAGAAAAAUAAAAGUUGAAGAUUAAAUAUAAUAUCAGCUCCCUGAUGAUGGUAAAUAUAUUUUUACUGAUUUUGCUAUUGUUGGACUAUCAGCAUUUUUAUUAAGGAAUGAUAAUAAGAUUUUUAAAACAGAUAUUUUAAUUAAUGGGAAAGAAUUGAAAGUACAUUAAAUUUUAGUAUAUUUUAAUAGAAAAUCCAUGUUUUAUAAUAAUAUUUAGACUUUUCUAAUGAUUUAAAAGUGAUUUAAUUCAGAAAACCUAGGUUUUUAUAAAUUAAAGAAUAAUUAUUCAUAAUAUCAGAAAAUGGAGCUUUAAGCUUUAAUACAAAAUAAUGGAUAAAUAAUACUUUACCUAAUAUAACCAAAUAUAAAUUUGAAACAGUGAAAAAUAUUAAUCAAAUUCAUUAUGAUGAAUUUUUAAAUAGAAUAUUUAUAGUUGCUGGAACAUAAGGAGUAAUUGUUUAUAAGUUUGAAAAUGAAGAGAUUAAAAAAGUGUAUACAAUUAAUAUGGAUUAUAAUCUUAUAAAGGUUUAGACUAAUGAAAAUAAUCUAUUUAUAUUAGAUGAUAAAAAAGGAAUACAUUUUGUUUCUUUAAAAGAAGAUAAUUUUAUAAUUGAUAGUAAAAUAUUAUAAUUAAUAUAUUUAGAAUUUUUUAUUCCUAUUGAAUAUCCAAUUUCAUUUGUUUAAAAAAAUAAUUAAUUUUUAGUUAUUACCUAGAAUGAAGAUAAAGUUAGAUUUGGAAUUGAAAUAUUGAUAAAUUUUGUAAACUAAGAAUAUUUUUAUAACAAAUUUUAUUUAGAAGAUAUGUAAUUAAAAGAUGUGUAAGAAUCAGAAGAAUAUUAAUUUUUGAUUGGUUAUGAUGUGCAUAAAUUAGUGAGAAGUAAUAUUUAUAGAGGAUUUGUUAAUGAUAAUUUCUAUCAUGGAACUGAUUUUAUGAUACCUUUAUUAGAGAAAAUCUAAGAAUUUAAAGGAAUUAUAUUUGAAGAUUCUUAUUCAAUAGUACAUUUUUCGUUAGGAAUAACUCCUCAUUAUUUAUAUGGAUUAAGUAUUAGGGAAAGAUAUCCAGAAAUAUAAUGCUCAUCUUAAAAUUAAAUUGAAUAAAGUUAUAUGAUUGUAAUUAAUUCAACUUAAUGUAAAAAUGCAGAAAAAAAUCCAUUCAUUGUUUGUCAAGAAUAACAUUUAAUAAAUCUAUCAAUAAAUGAAAUAUUUUUAGACUUAUAAUCACAAUUACUUGUAGAAGUUGUUUUAAUUUCAGGAUUUAUAAUAUUUAUAAUUUUUUUAUUAUUCAGUAUUAUUAUGUGUAGAAGAUGGAGAUUUGCAAUAGAAAUUUUAAAGAGAAAGAGUAAAAAUUAUAUGAAUGUUUAAGUUUCCUGA